AUCAUCCUUCCUCAUCCAUCAUUCUCAUAAGUAGAGCGCAUCAUUUAAGCCAAGCAAGCAGUGCUCAAUACAAAUCCACCAUGAAGACCUUUCUCAUCCUUGCCCUCCUUGCUAUUGUAGCAACCACCGCCACAAUUGCAGUUAGAGUUCCAGUGCCACAAUUGCAGCCACAAAAUCCAUCUCAGCAACAACCACAAGAGCAAGUUCCAUUGGUACAACAACAGCAAUUUCCAGGGCAGCAACAACCAUUUCCACCACAACAGCCAUAUCCGCAGCCGCAACCAUUUCCAUCACAACAACCAUAUCUGCAGCUGCAACCAUUUCCGCAGCCGCAACUACCAUAUCCGCAGCCGCAACCAUUUCGACCACAACAACCAUAUCCACAACCGCAACCACAGUAUUCGCAACCACAACAACCAAUUUCGCAGCAGCAGCAGCAGCAACAACGACAACAACAACAACAACAACAACAACAACAAAUCCUUCAACAAAUUUUGCAACAACAACUGAUUCCAUGCAGGGAUGUUGUAUUGCAACAACACAACAUAGCGCAUGGAAGCUCACAAGUUUUGCAACAAAGUACUUACCAGCUGGUGCAACAAUUGUGUUGUCAGCAGCUGCGGUAGAUCCCCGAGCAGUUGCGGUGCCAAGCCAUCCACAAUGUUGUUCAUGCUAUUAUUCUGCAUCAACAACAACAACAACAACCGUUGAGCCAGGUCUCCUUCCAACAGCCUCAACAACAAUAUCCAUCAGGCCAGGGCUCCUUCCAGCCAUCUCAG